AUGCAGACAGUUGCAGCAACAAUGAUAUUGCCCAGCAACUAUACCAAGCUGAAAACAAAGAUAAGAAAGGGCUUUUCCCACAUGAAAGCAGAUGAGUGGAAGUCUUGGGUAUUGGUGUACUCUCCCAUGCUUCUAAAACCAGUUCUUCCAUCCAAUAUGUUGAAUGGCUGGAUGCACUAUGUAAAAGCAUGCCAUAUACUUGUAAAGCCGUCAAUCAGUUUCAUCGAAAUAGACCCAGCACACAGAUAUCUACAAGAAUUCUGUCAAUCUUGUGAAGAUACAUAUGAACCAAAAGUCCUCACCUGCAACAUGCACCUGCACCUCCAUCUUCAUGACACAAUUCGUGAUUUUGGACCCGUGUAUGGCUAUUGGCUCUUUGGUUUUGAGAGAUACAAUGGUUUGUUAAAGAAUAACAAGACAAACAGAAAAGAUGGGUUUGAAAUAACCUAUAUGACAAAAUUCACUUCAGACGCAUACAAAGCUGAUUAUGUAUGA